GUGUCACGCCCCUGCGCCGUCACGUGCUCCCCACGGCGCACUCUGCUGACGUCACUCGUGGUGGAGCCGCACGCCGCCACAAGGCUUGCGGGCUCGCUUCGCAGCACUGUCCCCCUCAUGGCCGCCCCCCCGUCGGACUCACGCGCCGCGCCUGGAGCAUCCCCGCCCGCGGCCCCGCGCCUGCUCCUGCUCCUGCUCCUCCUGCCCCCCGCCCCGGCUGCAGCCAUGGCCCACAGACGCCCCCGGAGCCAGGGCGGCGCCUGGAGCCCCGACGUGGCCUGUGGCCAUCGUUACAUACAGGGGAAGAUUUUGGGGGGCGCGGAUGCCCUGGAGCGGAGGUGGCCAUGGCAGGUCAGCGUGCACUACAGAGGCUUCCAUGUCUGCGGAGGGUCCAUCAUUGAUGAGUACUGGGUCCUCUCAGCUGCCCAUUGCUUCGACAGGGACAAGAACAUGGAGGCAUUUGACAUAUACGUGGGGCUGGUGGACCUCAGGCUUGCGGGCAGUCACACCCAGUGGUUUGAGGUCAACAAGGUGAUUGUACACCCCACCUACGAAGUGUACCACCCUGUGGGAGGUGACGUGGCCCUGGUGCAGCUGAAGUCCCGCAUCGUGUUUUCUGACUCUGUGCUCCCAGUGUGCAUCGCAUCCCCAGAUGUGAACCUUCACAAUGCCACUUGCUGGUCUACAGGGUGGGGACUCGUCUCCCCACAAGGCCAUGUCCCCAACAAGCUGCAGGAGGUACAGAUACCUCUGAUCUCACUGCCCCUGUGCCAGCUGCUCUACGGACACCUGUCGUACAUCAUGCUGGACAUGCUGUGUGCCGGGGACAUCAGGGACAUGAGGACCGUGUGCGAGGGCGACUCUGGGGGUCCACUCGUCUGUGAAUUCAACCACACCUGGUUGCAGGUUGGCAUAGUGAGCUGGGGCCGUGGGUGCAUGUACCCUAUGUACCCUGCAGUCUAUGCCCGCGUCUCCUACUUCUCCAAAUGGAUCCAUUACCACAUGGAGCACACACCCCCGCCUUCUCAGCCACUCCCCGCCCUCGCCCACGUGCUGGGGGUCUCUGUCAGCGUCCCUGUGGCCCUGCUGGCUGUCCUGCCCAUGUUGUGA